AAGAUGCCCAUGGUUGAAGGUGACUAAGGGUUACUCAAAGGUAGAUGGACUUUCAUGGUUCUUCACCAUUCUUGUAGGUGGCUCUGCCCGGAGGACAACACAAAGAAAGAAAUUGGAAUCUGCCUCUUCGGGACCCAGAUAAAUUGUACAGUGCUGGAAGGUGGCGAUGGCUGUGGCCCUGGGUUGUGCAAUCCAGGCCUCCUUGAAUCAGGGCUCGGUGUUUCAAGAAUAUGAUACCGACUGUGAGGUCUUCCGCCAGCGCUUCCGGCAGUUCCAGUACAAAGAAGCAGCUGGGCCUCAUGAAGCUUUCAACAAACUCUGGGAGCUCUGCUGUCAAUGGCUGAAGCCAAAGAUGCGUUCUAAGGAGCAAAUCUUGGAGCUGCUGGUGUUGGAGCAAUUCCUAACGAUUCUGCCCACAGAGAUAGAGACCUGGGUGAGGGAACAUUGCCCAGAGAACAGAGAAAGAGUUGUGUCACUGAUAGAAGACUUACAGAGAGAACUUGAGAUACCAGAGCAGCAGCUCGAUAGGCAGGAAAUGCUCUUGGAAGAACUGGCACCAGUGGGAAUGGCACACAUACCGCCAAACAUCCACCUGGAGUCACCCCCACUCCAAGUAAUGGGACCUGCCCCGGAGGUCCCAGUGGCAGAGGCGUGGAUCCCACAGGCAGGGCCGCAGGAGCUGAGCUUCGGUGCUGCUGGGGAAGGCCAGCCCUUUCUGGACCCUGGAUAUCCAAUACCAAAACUCGACGUGAGCUUUCCAUUGGAGCAUAGGGAAGAGGCAUGGGUGAAGGAACUACAAGAUUCCAAAGAAAUUAAGCAAUUACUCGAUUCCAAGUUAGGUUUUGAGAUCGGGAUAGAAAAUGAAGAAGCUACUUCAGAAAAACAGAAAAAAAUGGAGAAUAUGUAUCCAUUUAUUGUUACUUUAGAGGGGAAUGCUCUUCAUGGCCCCAUCUUGCAAAAAGACUAUGUACAGUUAGAAAAUCAAUGGGAAACCCCCCCAGAGGAUUUACAGAGAGAUUUAACAAAACUUGUAGAACAUCAGAACCCCUCAGCAGGAGAGAAACCUGAGAGCUCCAACUUGGAAGAACCCCUCAACCCUAGACCCCAUAAGAAAAAGAGUCCAGGAGACAAACCUCACCGAUGUUCUCAGUGUGGGAAAUGUUUUGCUCGGAAGUCACAGCUUACAGGGCACCAGAGAAUUCAUUCAGGAGAGGAACCUCAUAAGUGCCCUGAAUGUGGAAAAAGAUUCCUUCGUAGUUCAGACCUUUACAGACACCAACGACUUCAUACGGGGGAGAGACCCUAUGAAUGCACGGUGUGUAAAAAGCGAUUCACUCGGCGGUCACACCUUAUAGGGCACCAGAGAACCCAUUCUGAAGAAGAAACAUAUAAAUGCCUUGAGUGUGGGAAAAGCUUUUGUCAUGGAUCAAGUCUUAAAAGACAUCUGAAAACUCAUUCAGGUGAGAAACCUCAUAGAUGUCAUAAUUGUGGGAAAAGUUUUAGUAGGCUGACAGCUCUUACUUUGCACCAGAGAACUCACACUGAAGAGAGACCAUUUAAAUGUAAUUACUGUGGGAAAAGCUUUAGACAGAGACCAAGCCUUGUUAUUCAUUUAAGAAUUCAUACAGGGGAGAAGCCAUACAAGUGUAGUCAUUGUUCUAAAAGCUUCAGACAGAGAGCAGGCCUUAUUAUGCACCAAGUCACUCACUUUAGAGGUCUUCUUUAAGGAUUGUUAAAGGAAACAAGUCCUACAGAGAUUGACAGUAACUCAAAAAACAAAAUCUUAAACCUGCAGCAUCCUGUUUGUCUUGGAAGAAUUUUUUUGUUUGAGCUUAU